AUGGAGGAAUUUGCGAAUGAAUUAUUCGGAGACGGAUUCUGUGAAUAUCCUCUCCUUCUGCGUCCGUUGGUUGGAACCGUGAUCUUGGUCGUAUGGAGUGUCAAAUUCGCCUUCUACUUUAUGCUGCCUGCUCUCGCCGCUUACGCCAUCCUGCUUGGAGCUACUGUACUAAUAGUUACUUCCAACGUGAAUCUUUUGGAGGUCGAAUGGCGAAACAGAGACGAGCAUGGGACACAAAAUAACCGAGAUGAUGACAACUGGGCCCGGGGUAAUUUCGAACAUCGCCUAGAGGCUGGCGAGAUCGAAUUUUGA